CGAAAAUAAGAAAACCCGGUGCCACUAAAGAAAGCCAAAUGUCUUUGCUGCUUGCCAAAAUAUUCGGUUGCGCCUUUGUGCUGGCCAUCAGCUGUGCGACACUUGGCGCCGCCUUACACGUGCCCUACAGCAAUGACUUAGAAGUUCAAGGUAUACAGUCGGCGAUCUACAAUGCUGGACCACUUGGCAAUCAUGCUGGCCUUUUAAGUGCCGCCAAGGCCGUUAGCCAAUUGCAGCUGCCCAAAUUGAGUGAUGCGGUGGAGCAGCAUGACUUCAGCAGUGAUGAUGGUCACGUGGAGUCGCUGGGCGUGGCUGGUGAUCACUUGGAUCCAAAGCAUUUUCCCGCUGAUUAUGCCGAGGAUCAUGGCGCCACCGCUGAGGAAUAUGAAGAGGCCGAGGCUGCUGGCUCAGAACACCUCGAAGAGGUUGCACAUGCCGACUUUGGCGGACAUGAGUUUUUGGAUAAGCUGGACUUCCACGGUGAUUAUCACGACGACUAUCAUCAGCAGCCUGUGGUGGGCAUUGAUCAUGGCAAGGGCGCUUUCAGUUACAGCACUUUGUACGAGCACAAGCACGAUGAGCAGAAAGGCUUGUACUGAGUUCGUGUGAUUGUUGACGAGUAGGAAUGUGGGGAAAGAAACGAGUGGAUGUUGCUUGAAUUUUUUUUGUGUGUCCGUGUACUUUUCGGCGAAUUUUAAGUGAAAAAAGCGAUCUGUGUGGUG